AUGUUACAGGAGUACCAUAUAUCCCCUACGCAGUUAAACUUUUGGCAGCUGCAGCCUAGGGGGCUCCGUCAUCCAAUUACGACCAGAAACACUUUGCCUCUGCGGGCAGAUGGUUCAUUACUCGCCGAGUUGGGUACAUCAGACUCUGUGAAUAUCCCUGGCGGCCUCUGUCCAGCUACGCACGAGGAUAGCAUAGCUGACGCGACGCACCCACCGAUAACGACUAGCCAAUGCACCACACUCGCAAUAUGUGGACUGGCGGGGGUAUCAGCGUUACUGCUCACGGAGAAUUCUUUGGACACAAGGAAUCAGUCAUUCACAGCGCGUAAACGUGUAUUUUCUCAUUCAUCGACAGCUAUUGAUGACGAAGGACAGACAGAUCACAACUCGUAG